AUGUGGAUCUUAGAAAGUCCUGGUAAUAGAGCUAAGCGACAAUGGUUACGACCAAAUACAAGUUAUCAGAUUGGGAGAACAUUCUCACCUUCAGAAACUGAAAUUAACAUUCAAGAGAUUUAUAUAUCCAAAAAGCAUAUGAUCUUUGAGAUAGGUGCAAUCCCACUAGAAGAAGUUUCGAAUCCAGAUGCGCAAACUCCAUUAACUAUAACUUUCCAAAGUCCUGCAAGGACUGAAGUUAAUGGAGAAGUAUUUAAGAAGAAAGAAGCUCCAAUUGUAAGAGACUUUACAAACAAAGAACAAGAAUUACGAUUUAAAUUCAAGAAGGAAAAGGAUGUAUAUUUAAUACUUAAGUGGGUACCGUUUAAUAUUGGGAGAAUAAAGGCCAAUAUCAGUACAAACGGAGUGACCACCAAUAAAGAUAUCUUUAAAGAUGCCUUAUUAGAAUUAUUCAAUAAUGAUAUAGAUCUUCGGAUUGUACAAGAUUUCCUGUUAAUAACUCAUUUGGUGACUGCUUCAGAUGAGAAAUUCUGGUACGGUUUGGCAAUAUCCUUACUGAGGGGAAUACCUAUUGUAGGGCAUGGAUGGCCAGAAUAUGUUCUUGAAAAUAAGCACAACUUUGAAGAUUGGAUUAGAGAACCUAAGAAUUGGGAUAUAUGUUUACCUGAAACGAUGCGUCAAGAUGUUACAGCAAAGUAUUUCUUACCAAAUCCAAAAAGAAUUACUCAAUUCCAAAAUUCGGCAUUUCUAAUGGUUGAUAAUUCUAAAUUACUUUCGAAAUGGAUUUCUGCUAUAUCUGGAACUACAAUAGACCUUCUGGAAUAUGGAAAUUCUGAGUCUCGUAUAUUGGAAGCCAUUCAAGUAGAAAUCCCAAAAUAUGAUAAACUAUAUCUUUAUGAACUGACCAAUCAAAGUACCAUUAUAGAGAAUAUUGAAUCAAAUUUAAAUGCCAAGCAUAUAAAUGCUUCACAAUUAUAUGAUAGCAUUGUAAAUGUUAACAAUGAUAAUCUAAAACCGUAUCUAAUUGAACGGAUUAAUUGUUUACAAAGUCAAAUUUCUCCCAAGAAACGAAGACUUGGAGAACGUAAAACUAGAAAAGUCGAUAGAUUGGAAUUUUUUGAUUUCAAUUCAACCCCAAUAACACUUUCACAAACUGCAAGUUCCCCUUCUCCUCCGAAAGAAACAGAGUCUACCACUGUAGAAAGCAUUCCAAACGAUAAUAAUGAAAUUGUGCUGUCUCAAUCAUCUAUUGUUGGAAAAAAUGACUAUAAUAUAUCUAAUUCCAUUGAAAGAGAUAUAGAAAUGGAUCAGAAAAGAAGGCAAUCACAACAGCUUGAUGAAAACCCAACUAAAAAGCAAAAAUUAAAUGAGGAAAUCCAACUGGAUGAAUCAGAAGAUAAUAAGGAAAGUAAAAAACAUGAUCUAGAAUCUUUGAAUGAUGAAUUUACUCUACAAAAACGUCAAAAGCUUGAUAAAAUUGGAACUUUUGUGCCAAAGGUUACAUUGAAGGAUGCAAUCAAACUAACUAAAUCAAAGGCCGCAGAUGAUGUUCGAGAAAGACUCGGGUUGAACGAGUCAACUGCAUUGAACAAUUCAAUGACAAAUUUGGUGAUUGUGGAAGAAGUAGAAAUUCCUAUGCGCAAACCUGUUGCGACAAGAACUAACUCCUCAACUGCUUGGCAAGGAAGGAAAAAUUUCAAACAAUUCAAAAAGAAUAUCCCAUUAAAAUCAAAAUUAUCUCGUUCCUUUGUUUGUAUGGAAGAAUUUGAUGGGAAUUCACCAAUACGAGAAUCAAUGAAAUUCCCCUUCAAGGAAAAUAAUCAAAAGGAAGGUGCCAAGGUUUUAGAGAAUGAUUUUCAAAAUGUUAUAGAAGAUAUCCGAGGAUAUAAACCUGUCGUUGAAGCUGAUGAUGAAGAAAAUAGUUUCUCAUUUAGAAAGGAUGCAUUGUUUGUUUCCGAAGAUUCACAAUCAUUUUCUACACCUUCUACAACGAAACAAAGCAUACAUGCCCAAAUGAAUAACGAUAUCCACAGUGAACAAGACGACGAUGAUGAUGAUGACGAUGAUGAUGAUGAUCAACCGAAAUUUGGAUUUAGUAGAAGGUAA